AGAAGAAGAAGAAGAGAAGAAAAGAACAGUGCACAACAUUUGUCUAAGGUUUAUUCUCUCUCAUCGGUUCUUCUGCUUCAUCUUCUUGACCCAGAAACAGCGUCACUCUCUCUCUCUCUCUCUCUCUGUGCCGAUAAUGGCGGCCUCUCUGCACACCCAGCCGGGUCUCCACCAACCCUCUCUCAGCUGCGCUACCAAGCUUUAUUCGGGGCUAAAGCUUCAACCUUCGAGUCUGGCGACCGUGAAGCCGAACGUGUCCGCGGAGUUUUAUGGGAAAGUUCAUAAGAGCCUCCGGUGCAGGACUAGCAAUCCUAGGCCAGCACAAGGUAGAGCAAGAAUGAUGCCGAUAGGGACACCAAGAGUACCAUAUAGAGUUCCUGGUGAAGGAACUUGGCAGUGGGUGGAUUUGUGGAAUGCCCUAUACCGGGAGCGUGUCAUCUUCAUUGGACAGCAUAUUGAUGAGGAGUUCAGUAACCAAAUAUUGGCAACAAUGUUAUACCUUGACAGUGUUGAUGAUUCCAAGAGGCUUUAUCUUUACAUCAAUGGUCCGGGUGGAGAUCUUACACCAAGCUUGGCUAUUUACGACACGAUGCAGAGUUUGAAAAGUCCUGUCGGCACCCAUUGUGUUGGCUAUGCCUACAAUCUGGCAGGUUUUCUCUUGGCAGCUGGUGAAAAGGGUAAUCGCUUUGCAAUGCCGCUUUCAAGAGUUGCAUUGCAGUCGCCUGCUGGUGCUGCUCGUGGACAGGCUGAUGACAUUCGUAAUGAAGCAAAUGAGCUUCUCAGAAUCAGAGAUUAUCUGUUCAGUGAGUUGGCUAAGAAAACAGGCCAGCCUGUUGAAAAGGUUAACAAUGACUUGAGCAGAAUGAAACGCUUCAAUGCGCAAGAAGCACUCGAAUACGGGCUUAUUGAUAAGAUUGUCCGGCCACCUCGUAUCAAAGCUGAUGCACCACGUAAAGAUAAUGGAGCAGGUCUUGGUUAGUGUAAUUUAUUCCCUCCUCGUUGGCUGCUAGACAUUUUUUCACUUUUUGCGAUUAUUUUUCCUUUUGAGGUCAUCAAUUGUUUGAGAAAGGGCUAUUUAGGUGGGAAUAACCUUGUGUAAAGAUUCCUGUGCUUGUGUAAUGCUUUAUAGUCAGUGACAUCCCGAUAUAA